UGUCGACUCCGCCUUCUCUAAAUAACAAUGUCACCCGCGCGCUCUGAGCCGGCAUCUUCGAUUUGAUCGGAUAAGUCACGUGGGAGAAUACAAAGCAGCUGUUUUGAGACGAGCGACUCUAUUAUAAGCUGAAAUUGGAGAUUGGUUAUCGGUUGUUCGUCGUUUAGUUGAAUUCAUAAAAGUACAAUUCUUAUUAAGCUGCGCAUGGCAAAUUUCUACGAUUUGUUAUUUAUGAAAUAAAGCGAAAAGAUAUAGGGAGCACGUUAUUCCGUUAAAAUAAGCGGGUCUAGGACGAACUGUACUUUGAAAAGAGUAGCUUGGGGUUCCUUAAAUUUCUUAUGUGGUCGUAUUUGCUCCAAAUACGAUCGGAGCUGUGCAUCUAGGAAACUUACUGCAAUGCGUGGAUUGUUUAAUCUUCUGUUGCUGUGAACUUGCAAAGAAUGAUUUAAAAAAACGUAUUACACAGAACCGUGCAUGUGAUUUGCUGAGAGUUUUUAGUAAUGGUUACUAACGGAAUUAUUGUCGCAUCAAAAAUUGACCCCCAGAUAAUUGGAAUCAGAACCAAUACAGCCAAAUUCCAGCCAAGUACUUAAUAUGUGGAUAUGAAUAGUAAAUUUCAUAUGAUUUUUUUCUAGAAAAGUUUUUUUUUGCUUACCCUUGAUUCUGUAUCUGUUCAAUGAAAAUUACACAAUAUGCAUUAAAUAUUAAGAAAUCAAAGACAACCAUUCAUCCUUAAUUACUUUACAGUUUAUGAUGAAGAGAAGGUGAUAGUUUUCUUGGCAGAAAUAUGGUGGGAUAGUAACGGAAUUAAUUUUAGGGAGUAAUUUAGUGGCAAGCAUAGGCAAGCUCAUAAGCUAAAACAAUUGCAUGGCAACUAAAAUCAAAAUAGGUCAAAUAGUAUUUUUCCACUUGAGAAAGAAUAUUCUGUCAGAAUUUAGCUACAAAGUUUUGCAUCAUUUGCAAAAAGAACCAAUGAACUGAUCCUGGAAGAAAUAUACUGAUAUUUAAGGCAAUGAUUAGCAAAUAGAAACUUGGAGGAAUGAUGCAAGCAUAUGAGGAAUUAGAAAAAAAACUACUAUAUGACAAUGGGAAAUGGAAGACAGUAGAUGGAUGACAUCAAAAAGAUAACCUGAAUGUUUCUGAAAGCUCAAAAUUCCUGCUAAAGACAGAUGGAGAGGGCAAGCACUUCUUAUACAGUUUCCAGAAACUGAGCUUGAUGUUAAUGGUGGUACCUAAAAUGUUCUGUCAUUCUAUUGUAUUUCUUCCGUAUGAUGCCUACACUACGAUACAAACCUAUAUGUGUCUACUCAGGAAUAAGCCUGAAUAACACCAGUGGUACUUAUGUUCAGAUUCGCUGAUUGCAUCAUUCUUCAUACGUACAAACAGUAAAUCUCCAGGGCAAAGCUGAAUACUCUUCCUCUACCAACAGAGCAAACUGGAAAAAUAAUUCAGAGGAGGCCUAAAUGCAAGAUAAGAAAAACAAAACCUGUUUAGUGAUCUGUGCACCCAUCUAUGUUUCUUAGUUUUUGAAGUGGGCAUUAACAGAGAGAAAAGAAAAGAAAAGAAAAAAACGAGUUGAACCCUCAGAGGCUGCACAGGAAGGUCUAACCCUUUUCUCUCAGCAGCAAGAGAGUUACUGCUGAACAGUAAAAGCUGUUUCCAAGGAUUACGCUGUGCAUGCUUGUCUGCUUAGUAACAACCCAUUUCCUCAGUCAAGGACUCCUAAGUGACUGCUUUAGAAAGAGAACAGGUAGCAUCAGUUUUGUACAUAACUUCUAUAUAACUGUACCAAGGAAUGUAGCAUCACAGAAGAUUUCUUUUAUAGGAAUUGUUGUCACAAUAAAGCCAGACAUGGCAAGGAACUGCUCUGGUUGUAAAGAAAAAAGGCCUGCACACAGUUUGUGUACUAACUGCAACAAGUGGCUUUGUAGCUUAUGUACUGAAGAACACAGCCAUAGCAAAGAAGCCGGAGGAGAACAUUUUUUGCCAGUCUCCUUGAAGGGGUGUUCAGGAGUUGAAGGGGAAGCCAAUGAAUGUCCCUUGUUUUGUCCAAUGCACAGCCAAGAAAGGCUUAAGCUGUUUUGUGAGACUUGUGACGUCCUUAUCUGUCGCUGUUGCCUCCUGACGGAGCACAAGGAUCACAGAUUCAGGCAUCUUCAAGAAGCUUUGCAAAAUCAAAGGGUUAUCCUGGAAAACAUAACCUGCAAAGUAGAAGAGAAAAAAAAUGUAGUGCAAGUCUCAGCUAAACAUAUUGAAGACAGAUUAUUUGAAGCAAAACACUUGCAACGAAAAGUGGAAAAUCAGAUCAAAAUGGCCAAAAUGGUCCUGAUCAGUGAAAUAAAUAAGCGGACAAAUGUUCUCCUUGAACAAUUGGAGCGGAUCUCCAGUGAAAGGAAGCAAAAAAUGGAACAACAGCUUCAGGGCAUCAUGAUGUUAAACAGACAGUUUGAACAUGUGCAAAACUUUCUUAGCUGGGCAGUAUGCAGUAAAAGCACUGUUCCAUUCCUCUUCAGUAAAGAACUGAUUGUUUUUCAGAUUCAGCGUUUGCUAGAAACCAAUUGUAAUGCAGAUGUGUGUUCUCCUUGGAAGAUCAGAUUUACAUGGGACCCAUCUUUUUGGACUAAACAACUAUCCAAUUUAGGCCACUUGUCAAUGGAAGGGGGGCCAAGCCACCAUUCAGAUGUACCAACCUAUGCAAGUGUACAAGGAAUACAGCCGUCUCUGUAUCACCAUCAUGGCCAUCAUUCUCCAGUGCCACAACAUGACCCACUCAGUAACCAGCCCCACCAAUUUCAGCCUUCUGUCCAUUGCCUGGCACCCAUGUGCUGUGCCCAUUGCCUUAAUAUCCCACAUAUGAACAAAGGGCAGCUCUCUCAUCAAACUGUGAGCCAUCCCCAGCCUUUCCGCCAGCCUUCUGAAUUGCAGCACCACCCGCAGCAUUUCUCUCUGCAGUACAGUUUGCAGCAACAUGAGAGGGAGCAGAGGUGUGUCCCACGCAUGCUGAAAACCAUGCAGCCAUGUGCUGAGCAGAAAUCUCAUCAAGAGCCUGAUAGCCUAACUACCAGGUUGGCCAAGAACUCCCAAGAGCAGCCAAUGCACCAUGCCCUUCCACCUGUUUAUCCCCUUUCAUCACAGGAUGGCCAUCAAAGCCAAGGUAGUCACUCCCAGCAACUCCCUGCACAGUCUUCUCUGCACAGUCCAACGGUGCAGGUUCAAGUUGGUCCCCUCCAGAAGUUAAAGCUGAAUAACUUGCAGCAACAGCAACAGCAGCCAUCACAGCCGCAGCCACCACAACAGGAACAUCCAUUGCCACCCCCACCCCCACUCUCACCGCAGCAGUCGCCUGCAGCAGGCCCAAAUGAGAAGGCUCACGAACAAGUGAUACAACAGAGCUUGGACAUCAUGCACCACCAAUUUGAACUGGAGGAAAUGAAGAAAGAUUUGGAGCUUCUCCUUCAGGCUCAGCAACCAAGCCUGCAGCUCAAUCAGGCCAAGCAGCCUCAGCAUGUUCAGCAAACCAUUGUUGGCCAGAUAAACUACAUUGUCAGGCAGCCAACCACGGUUCAGCAGCAAAACCAAGAAGAAGUGCAGCAAAUUGGUGAAGAUUCUGCUGAAUCAGAAGGUCAAAAGCCAGCACUUCCCCUUGACAGAAAUGCGAUUCCAUCUAUGUCUCAGCCAGUAGAUGAAGCCAUUGUCAACAUGCAAUCUCCAGAGAGUAUGUUGAGUCCAGUCAGAAAGCGGUCAGCUUCAAUGAACAUAGUGGGUUUUCCAAACAUUUUAGAAGUUGAUUUGUCUUCAACAAGGACAUCCAAACAAGCUGAUUCACAGGCAAAAGAAAUCUGCAGUGCAACACCUAGCCUGUCCCAAAGUGUACCAUAUAUCUCUGAAGUGCUUUCUGAACCUGUAUCUACUUACAAUCUAUCUUUGGAUAGAACCAGUACCCUGAGUUCUGAAAAUAUUGAACACUUAGCAAUUGGUGGCAUGCCUUUGGUAAACCCAGUUUGUAAGCUGGAAAAUGAAGAGUUUAGCCAUGUGAGUUAUCCUCUUGGGAGCAAUACUGUCACUGCACAAUCAAAAGACAUGAAUGAAAUGAUUCUUCCUUUACAAAAUAUUCUGGAAGAGCCUAUUAAUCUCUCAGUGAAGAAAACUCAGCCAUGUACCUCUCCUCCCUUACUUAUCAGCAACACAACUUUUAUGCAAUCUGUUAAUCCCAAACCAGGACACACUGAAGAUUGUUCUAACUGUGAAGAAGAACAUUUUGAAAAGGAAAUUAAAAGUAGUCAGAACAACAGAAUUUGUGCCAAAGAGGUGAAAAUCCCUUAUGUGCGAUUGGAACGAUUGAAGAUAUGCACAUCAGAAUCUGGAGAGCUUCCAAUUUUUAAAUUGCAGCCACAAAAAAGUACACAUGAUGGGACAUUUCUGUUGAUUAUUGAAUGUGGUACUCAGUCUUCAAGCAUGGCUAUUAAGGUCAAUCAAGGACAUUCAUCUGAAAGUCUAAAUCCUAAAGUUGGAGAAAACCUGGAGAAAAGCAGGAUCCUCACAAGCCAGCUGACUGAACAGGUGUUACUUCCUUCAGGAGAUCACAGGCUCAGUAAUAACAUGAAGAAAUCUGGGCAUCCUCAGGAAGAUCACCCCAUUGAGAAUGAAGACUUUUGUGCUGUUUGCCUGAAUGGAGGAGAACUUUUGUGUUGUGAUUACUGCCCGAAGGUGUUUCAUCUCUUGUGUCAUGUUCCUGCAUUACUUAGUUUUCCUGUAGGUGAAUGGGUGUGCACACUUUGUCGCAAUGUGGAGAAACCAGAGGUAGUCUAUGAUUGUGAAAACACACGAUUUGACUACAAUACGCUCAUGCGAGCAAGACCAGUUUAUGGCCUUGAUGAAUAUGACCAAAAGAAAUGUGAGAAAUUGGUGCUGUCACUGUUCUGCAAUAGCUUGAGUCUUCCAUUCCAUGAACCGGUCAGUCCCCUGCUGUACAUAAUCCAUCAUUCACAGAAAAGGUUAAUCUUGCCAUUGAGCCAUGCCAACCAAUCUGCCAUCCCAGAAAAAGCUCGCCAUUAUUAUCAGAUUAUCAAGAAGCCCAUGGACUUGUCUAUAAUUCGGAAAAAACUUCAGAAAAAAGACGAACUGCAUUAUACCUCUUCAGAAGAGCUGGUGGCAGAUGUUCGCCUUAUGUUUUGGAACUGUGCAACAUUCAACUAUCCUGAUUCAGAGGUUGCUGAGGCUGGAAGGUGCCUGGAAAUAUUCUUUGAAAGCAAGCUCAAGGAAAUUUAUCCAGAGAGGCAGUUCCCCUUGGUGCAACAAGAUGAUUCUGAUUUAGAAGAUGUGGAGAAUGAGAAUAAUCAAGCAACUCUCAAAGAAUUGCAGUGGCCUUCAUAUAGGCAAGAGUGUAUCCAGCCUAAAAGAAGACGACGACAUGCUGAAAAUGAAAAACCUAAAAGACCCAUGUUUUGGCCAGCAAAAGGUUUCUCUCAAGUAUGACUUCUGGAAUGUUACUUGGUAUGUUAUGAACAACAAUAACAAUCAAAGGAACUGACUUUAUAAGAGGAGAUAGAAAAUAUUUAUUUUGAUGCUUAAUAUGAGCUUCAAAGUGAUUGAUUGACCUUAUUUCUGUGAAGGGAGGAUACAUUCUAAAAAUAUUUUAAAGGGUAGUCUCCAAAUUAUCUGUUAUGUUUAAUUAUUUGUAUUUAAACAGAAGUUUCAAUUAUGAAAUAGAGAUUAGUAAUAAAAAGAUUUGGUGUGCUAUUUUUAAAAUUAUUUUAUAAAUUCUGUUAAUUUAUAGAUUUUUGAUAACAUAGCUACUGGACAGUUUUCUGUAUGCAAGACAUAUUUCCCACUUUGUUAUCCUGGAAAUAAAAUUACUGUUUAACUAUAGACUUCACUCUCUAAGACUAUCUUCUCCUACAUUGAAGAAACUGAAUUCAACCUUGCAAUGCCAUUCUAGGCAUGUGAUGUUGUUGGCUAAGUCGUGGGUGAUUAACUACAUCCUAAGAGGCUAAAUGAAACAGUAGGACUUGGUUUUUUACUUAAUACAAUUCCAGAAUGUGACUCAACAAGAAAAAAAAUGGAAAGCACUUCAUAUAAGAAUAUUACUCCUUAAGAAAUGGGGAGGUUUGAAUACCUUUCUGACACCAAGAACUCACACUACAGAUAUGUUUAGAUUAUCUUAAUUCUUUGUCUGAUUUUACUAUAAAUAGAGAAGAUGUUAUUGGAGCCAAUCAGCAAGUGCGAAUUUCCGUAACUAUGAGGGAUAGAAUAUUUUUGAGGUAGUUUGAAAUAUAUUAGAGUCCUGAUCGUGUUAUGUUCAUAAAGCCACCUAUAUGCCUCAUUGUUAAACCCAAGUGAAUUAUUUAUGUAAUUCAUACAGUUGGUGACUGGAGGUAUGGGUGAUGGAUGUUUUAUCUUCCCCAGUUCUCAUCUCUUAAAGCAAAGGUGCUUUAAGCAAAGAGUAACAAUUUCUCAUAUACGCUAGACCAGGGUCCCCAACCCCCGGUCUGUGGACUGGUACCGGGCUGCGGCAUGCCAGCAACCGGUCCGCACAAACAAGCAAAGUCCCAUCCGUGGGAUGCAGGCAGCACACAAAACCACACACUCUUCGGUCCGUGGAAAAACCUUUCUCCACGGAACCGAUCCCUGGUGCCCAAGAGGUUGGGGACCUCUGCACUAGACAAUACUCUAAAUCAGUGUAUCUCAAUGUUGGUAACUUUAAGAUGUGUGGACUUUCACUUCCAGAAUUCUCCAGUCAGCAAGGAAUUUUAAAGUUGCCAAAGUUGAGAAACACAGCUGUAAAUGAAGACGGCUUUUCAGCACAGACUUUAUGAGUUCAUUCAAUACUGUAUCCAUGAAUGUUUCAGUGGAAGGCAC